AUGUCUAUUGCCAAGGCAGCGGCUCACGCCAUGCUGACGGACGCCCUCCUCCCAGAGCAUCCUGGGAUAAACCGUGUGUCCCACCUGGAGCUGGAGCUGCCUCUGGAUAAGGUCAUCAAGUACGUGUCUGUGGGACUGCCGCUCAUGCUCGUGUGCAUGGCCUUCGCACGAGAGAUCUCCCUCGGCCCUCAGAUCAGCUGCUUCCCGCCCAGUAACUUCACCAUCAAACAGGCGGCGUACGUGGACACCUACUGCUGGGACUCCCUCAUGCAUCACGAGUUUGACAGCGACGGGAACUUUGAGGAGCGCUCGCUGUGGGUGCACAAAAUGUUCCCUUACUCCCUUCUGGCCAUGGCCGUGCUCAUGUACCUGCCGGCUCUGAUCUGGAGGCAGCUGGUGAUGCCCUCUCUCGGGUCAGACCUGCUCUUCAUCAUGGACGAACUGGACAAAUCCUACAACCGCUCCAUCCGCCUGGCGCAGAACAUCCUGGAGCUGCGCCAGAACACCAAGAACCCACUCACUUUCCAGGCUGAGCUUGACAGGGCCAAGAAGAAGCGCUACUUUGAAUACCCGUUGCUGGAGCGCUACAUGCGAUGCAAACAGCAGUCCUACUUCCUGGUCAGCAUGCUGUUUCUGCGCGGAUUCCUCCUGCUAACCUUUAUGACGGCCGCCUGUUUGUACCUCGCGUACUUCCACCUCUCCGCCUUCUUGCAAGACGAAUUCAGCUGUUUCGUGCGUACCGGGAUGCUUCGAGAUCAAAACUGGAUUCCCGAGCUCGUGCAGUGCAAAAUGAUCGGACAGUUGGUCUUUCAGGUGAUCAGCGUGGCGAACGGCGCUGUCUACGUCCUGCUCGGGCCGAUCGUCGUCUUUAGCUUGGUUCGCUUAUUCGUUUGGGACACUACGUUUCUGUCAGUCUACCAAGUCCUCCCCGCUUUGGAUAUCAUGAAUCAACGCAAACUGGGGUGCGCUUUGAAUGAUCUGAACGUGCUGAUGUUGUUUUUGCGCGCCAACGUUGCUCACCUGAAGUCGUACGGGCAAGUGAGGGCCCUGUGCUCGCUGGCGCCGCCACAGGUCGGGAAUGCAACAGCGGGUCAAGGGAUAAACGCGAUGCUGACCCAAGAGGAGUUGGAGGAGAGGGAGGAGGCGGCGAUGGAGUUGGCGCAGGAGGUGCAGGAGGCUAAAGAGGAGGGGAAACUGGACCUGGUGGAUAUCAUGACGAUCCUGGGAGCGGCGCAGGGCAGAGUGGUGAACUGCAGUGAACAGCGCCCCCUGGUGGAGCAGAAUAUGAGCCUGGAGUCUAAGCACCAGGGCUACCACGAGCUGAAGGAGACUUCACCGUACAGUCAUUACUAG